AUGGCUCUCGCUGGCAAGCUUGCUCUCGUGACCGGUGCGAGCUCGGGCAUCGGCCAGGCCAUCGCGCGGCGCUUCGCAAAAGAAGGCGCCUCCGUGCUUGCCACGGGCCGCAACGCGGUGGCACUAAAAGAACUCGCCGCCGAGAUCGGUUGUUCAUAUGAAGCAGCAGACCUGACGGAGCCCGGCGCCUGCGCGCACGUCGUCGCCGCGGCCGAAAAAGAGCUCGGCGGCAUCACGACGCUCGUGAAUAGCGCGGGCGUAUUGCACGCGGGCGCGUUCGCCGCGCCGGACGGCGCGCCGGCCGCCUCCCUCGAGAACUUCGACGUCAACUUCGCCGCGAACGCGCGCGCGCCCUACGAGAUUCUCGUCGAGGCGACGCCGCACCUCGUGGCCGCAGGCGUCGGCGCGGCCGUCGUCAACAUCAGCUCGGUCAACGGCAAGCAGUCCUUCGCGACGCUCGGCGCCUACUGCGGCUCCAAAGCCGCCAUCGACCACAUCGCGCGCUGCGCCGCCGUGGACCUCGCGCCCCACGGCGUCCGCGUCAACAACAUCAACCCGGGCGUCACCGUCACGCCGCUGCAGCAAAGGGGCGGCAUGUCGGACGAGGCCUACGCGGCGUUCCUCGAGCGCUCGGCGAACGUGACGCACCCGCUCGGCGCCGCGACGGGCGACCUGUCGACGCCCGGUGAUAUCGCUGACCUCGCGCUGUUCCUCGCGUCCAACCAGUCGCGCUUCAUCACUGGCGAGGUCAUCUGCGUCGACGGCGGUCGCCAGUGCCUCGGGGCGCGCUAG